AUGCAUCCCUCCAUCGCCAAUCUUUCCUCGCGGCUUCACCUUUGCUCCGGUGAUGUGCCGCCACCGCUCGUUGGCGCUUCUGCUACCCUAGUCGAGCCAUCUCAGCAUGGUCAAGCAAAGGGUGCACAGGUCUAUCUGUUUGGUGGACGCCUGGUUAGCAGCCGUCGCAUGGUCAACACGCUCUACCGGCUUGAUCUCGACGAGAUGAGGUGGUCCAGACUCACUCCCACCACCAAACCCAAACUCGCCACGGCUGAGCCGUCUUUGCAACAGCCGCAACCGCGCUACUUUCACUCUGCCGAUCUCUGGAACAACAAGAUUAUCUUUUUCGGCGGAAUGGGCUAUUCGCACCGCUCCCAGGACGCAGGUGUGCCUGGGAGCGCUCCCACAGAAGAGCUCUGCGUGCUUGACGAAUUGCUUGCCUUGGAUCUCACCACCCAGCAAUGGGAUUACACUUUUGAUGUCGCUUCACCUCGUGCAAUCGUGCAACACGAUCCAUCCUCCAGCUCUCAGCCUGACACGCAACGACCCGCUCCUCGUUACGCCCAUCUUUCUGCACUGUCGGGCGACACGCUCUCCAUCAUCGGAGGCCAGAACCUUGCCAACCAGUACGUCGAGUCAAUCAAUCUCUUUAGUCUCUCGCAGAACAGGUGGAUCGGUGCACAACGUUUCCAAAAGCAAUGCGGCAGCUAUCGCUCACUCGCCGUCGGCGCCAAAUGCCUUCAUAAGGAUGGGCAAAAGGCAAAGUGCUAUCCUCGCGCCAAGGAUCCAUUGAACAACACCGACACCGGCAAUGCCACUCCCAUGUCCAAUACUUCCACACCACAGGGUAAUCAAUCUGCAGAAAAGUUGACCGGUAAGGUCGAGCAAAAUCCGCUGCCAAUGAGCUGUCCACCCGCGCCAGAUCAGUCGCUACCCGUGUAUUUGUACUCGAAUUACAACUUUACCGAUGUUCGCCGAGAGCUCGAGGUGCUCGCCGUUCAACCCGACGCUGCCACCAACCAGGACACGCACAGAACACAGCAACGUCGCCGCAGCGGCUCCAAUGCUUCCCAAGAGUCGGCCAUCGACAUCGAUGGACCGCUCACACCAUCUCAAGCCAAUGCUGCUACUGCUGCCCAAUCUUCUCUUGGCGCGCUUGUCUCGAUAGACGACCGUUCGAACCACAUGGGCGGCGUCACGCUUCCUCCAGGCCUUCGUUUCCCCACAGGCGCGCUCCUCGGGCCCUAUCUGCUCAUCUCGGGUACCUACCUCGCCAAUGCAACACAGAGCUUCUCCGUCUGGGCUCUGCAUCUGCCUACCAUGGUCUGGUCUAGGAUCGAGUCUGGUUCGGCUCUCUCGACUGGAAGCUGGAAUCGCGCGCUCCUUUGGCCUGCAAAGAACCGUCUCGUCGUUGUUGGUCACAAGGAAAGGGACCUCGUCAGUGACUACAAUCAUCGCCAGACCAAUUGGGAUCACGUCGUGGUGCUCGAGCUCGAGGCCUGGGGCAUCUACCAGCCUCCCUACUCGGGCCUUUCCGACGACGCCGUCCAACUCGGCCUGGACAAGCUUGCGGCGACCGCACCAUCCGCCAUGGCCUCAGCACAAGCACUUGCACGCGGCGCCGAAGCAGCCCACUCCUUGGCCGAGGAACGUGUGCCUGGCGCAUCGGCUGCUGAGAUGCAGAGCAACCUCGAAAAAGAGGUCGAGGCUCUCAACCUCGGUGGUCGCGGCGACUUUGAAAUCGUCUGCUCGGACGGUCUCAGAAUCGGUUGCGAUCGUGCUAUCCUCGAAGCGCGUUGGCCCUGGUUCAGAUCUAAGAUGGACGAAUACCGCCGAAGAGCGAGGCGAACCCUUCGAAUCGCCUAUCCGACGUCACAGGAACAAUCCGGCUUGGGCAUCAUCCCUGAGGACAUUGCCGAGUUCCUUGCCGAGGAGGACGAUGAAGAGGAGGCUCUAGAUCCACCCUUUGUGUCCUCAGCCAACAAGGUGGGCGCACAUGAUGCCAAACAAAAGGUCCGCGAUCCGCGCUUUCAGCCCCGCCACUUGCAGAUCUCGGAGCCAUUGCCGGUGGUGCUUGCAUUGCUCCAAUUUGUUUACACGCUGCGCAUCUGCACCGCACUGCAGCGACAUCCUGCUGUUGUGUGUGCUCUCAUGGUGCUGGCCAAAACUUACAACAUGGACAGUCUCGCGUCUUGGGCCCGCCACGCUGCUCAUGUGGCGCUCGCCGACGAUCUCCAUCCCAAGGCACCAUCGACACUAUCGCGUCACGGCGAUAUGCUCUCACCCUCGUCGUCGAUCACGCACGCCCUUGACAGCUUCGAACAUAGCAGUCUCGAUCUCUUCCGCCCGUCCGAGUCGCUCGGUCUGCAUCCCGAGGAAAGACAUCGGCUCGCCGUCUGCCUUUACGAGGCUGCCUCGCUUUGUGGUUGCGAAGGUCUGCAGAUCCGCGCACUAAGGGUGGUCAUGGCCAUUGCUCGCUGGCUCCAGAAGCACGGCGCUGGUCCCAAUGCAGGGAGCGGCAGCGGUAGUGGACUCGAGAAGCAGGCGCAGGGCCGCAGCGAAGGUUCGACGCACGAUCGUUCCGGCUCUGCCUCUCAGUCUGGCGCUGGUUCCAACGGUGUAGGAUCCGCACAUUCGUCUGCCAACCAGUUCCGAGCUGGGUCCGGCUCCACUUUUCGCGCAGCCACUGGUGGUUUUUCCAGUGUCGGCCCUUCGCCUCUGCUGCCGUUACCGUUGCCGUCGCCGUCGCCAUCCUUGUCACGCGCGGGAUCCGAUGCGGCGAGCUCGCAUGGUCCAUUGACACCAAAUUCGACCUACCAAAGCUUCUCGGACCGUCGAGGCGAUUCGUUUUCGUCAUCGUCCGACGCUCCAGCCUCUGACAGCGCGCUCGUCUAUCUGAGUGGAGAAGUCGAGUCGCUUGAUGAUCAGCCCAGUACGCCGUUUCGCAAGAUGUCGUUUGGAAACAGCUUUUCGAGCGGCAAGACGGACAAGUACACGAUCGCGAUUACGUCGCCUGACGUUGCCAAUCGCAGCACUGACCCAAUGCCCUCUGGCUUGACACUGGUCUCGAGCGAAGUGGAAGCCAGCGAUGCGCAAGCGCCUAGCUUUGCUCGCAAGCGCCGUAGCCUGUUUGGACGUAACACGACGUCGAACACACCAAUCUUGCCAGAGGUGCCAACCAUGGAGCCUGUGCGCGCUGGCAGUUCGCUCGGCUUUCACAGCAGCACCAUGGCUGACGGAACGGUACUAGGAGACUUGAAUGCGUACCCCAGCAACACGCUGCCGGACCGACGCGCCAGCGCGAGUGCUAGUGCAAGUGCAAGUGCGCACGUGACUUGUAGCACGAAACCAGUCUCGCCGACGACGACGACGGGCGACGACUGGUCGAGUGGCUUCCAUCUCGCUCGGCACUCGAUGCCAUUGCGAGACGGCAAGGGAGCGAGCGUGACGUCGUUGGCGCUCAACUCGCCGGCAUUGACGAUGGACCCUAACCGAAGAUAUAUGCAAGCUUCGGCUGCUUCUUCACCGGCCCGCGAGCAGUUCCCCGUGAAUUCGUAUGGACCUCGAUCGGAGCAAGAGCAGGUAUCUCGAUCUACAUCGGUGCACAGUCUGUCCACGGACACGAGUCUGGCGGCCAGUUUGCAUCGCAGCAAUUCCGGUGCCAGUCACCAUCAAUCGUCGACACCAUUGGACGGGAUCGAGAUCUCGAGGGACGUGACGCAUCUCUCGUCCAAGGAGAUCGCAAUGCUGAAUAAGAAGGAGCGCAAGCGGAUCGAAAAGGAGGAAAAAGAGCGCAAGAAGGCGGAAAAGGCCGAGUACAAGCGACUGGCAGCCGAAGCCGUGUUCGGACCGAAAGGCAGCGCGGGUCCUUCGCCAGCACUGCCAUCGAGCGACUUUGCCAUGUACACAUCGGGUGCACAAGCAGUAGCUAGACAGGGCACAGGUGCACAGUCAUCACGUCGAUCUUCAGAGCCGUCGGAUUCGCGAUCCAGUACAAGCACCGCGAGUCCGCGAACAGGCAGCAGUCUGAGGACUGCAUACAGUCCACGCACUCCGGCUCCGACAGCGCCACCCAAGCGCGGCGAGUGGGCGGUGGCGACGGCGACAAGUGGAGGACCGUGGUUCAGCGCACCUCCACCGAUGAUGGCUCCUCCCAGUCUCAAGGGCAUGCCCAAGGGCAAUCGCAGCGCGGCUUCUCUGAGCGGCCAAAGCUCUCCCAAGACCCGACUAACUUCGUAA